AGUCUCCUUCACUGCUAUCGAAGCACCAAACCAAGAAUCGAAUAGCCGAAACCGACUCGGACACUUUCUGAACUCACUGAGUCAACUCGACUCGCCGGCCCGGACCCGUCUAGAUGGAGAUCGCACCCGACGGUGAUACCGUCAAAGCGGUGUCGUCGUCAUCGUCGGCUUCGUCGUCUUCCUAUGCGUCGUCGUCGCCUCGACGUGUGAAGGAGCGAGAAGCGGCGGCGAAGUAUGAGGACGAAGAGGAGGAGGAGGAGGAGGAGGACGUGUGCCGGAUCUGUCGGAACCCGGGAGACAGGGAGAACCCGCUCCGGUACCCGUGCGCGUGUAGCGGGAGCAUCAAGUACGUGCAUCAGGAUUGCCUUUUGCAGUGGCUCAAUCACAGUAACGCUCGUCAGUGCGAGGUCUGCAAACAUGCGUUUUCCUUCUCCCCUGUUUAUGCUGAGAAUGCCCCGGCAAGGCUUCCUUUUCAGGAGUUUCUGGUUGGGAUGGGAAUGAAAGCUUGCCAUGUUCUGCAAUUCUUUUUGCGCCUGGGGUUUGUCCUUUCUGUCUGGCUCCUCAUUAUACCUUUCAUUACAUUCUGGAUAUGGCGGUUGGCUUUCGUGAGGAGUUUUGGUGAAGCCCAGAGAUUAUUCCUAAGUCAUUUAUCCACUACAGUUAUCCUUACUGAUUGUCUACAUGGGUUUCUACUUUCUGCUAGCAUAGUGUUUAUUUUUCUCGGUGCCACUUCUUUGAGAGAUUACUUCAGGCAUUUAAGGGAGCUUGGAGGUCAGGAUGCCGAGAGAGAAGAUGAAGGAGACAGAAAUGGUGCCCGUGCUGCCAGAAGACCUCCUGGACAAGCUAAUAGGAAUAAUGUGGGUGAUGGAAAUGGUGAAGAUGUAGGUGGAGCACAGGGAAUUGCCGGAGCUGGUCAAAUGAUCAGGAGGAAUGCAGAAAAUGUUGCUGCUCGGUGGGAGAUGCAGGCAGCUCGCCUUGAAGCUCAUGUUGAACAGAUAUUUGAUGGUUUGGAUGAUGCUGAUGGUGCCGAGGAUGUGCCUUUUGAUGAGCUUGUUGGCAUGCAGGGCCCUGUCUUUCAUUUGGUUGAAAAUGCAUUCACUGUUCUGGCAAGCAAUAUGAUAUUCCUUGGCGUUGUGAUCUUUGUGCCUUUCUCAUUGGGUCGGAUUAUACUCUAUUAUGCAUCUUGGCUUUUCUACGCUGCUAGUGGUCCAGUUUUGUCAACGGUCAUGCCACUUACAGACACGGCACUCUCCUUAGCAAAUAUUACAUUGAAGAGUGCAUUGACUGCGGUUACAAAUUUGUCAUCUGAAAGCCAAGAAAAUGGUCUGCUUGGCCAGGUCACGGAAAUGUUGAAGGGUAACUUUAGUGGUCUAAAUGAAGCCUCAAACAACAUUAGUUCACCACUUUCGGCAGAUCUCUUGAAAGGAGCAGCUAUUGGAACAUCACGGCUUUCUGAUGUUACAACUCUCGCCAUCGGAUAUAUGUUUAUUUUUUCUCUAGUUUUCUUCUACCUUGGCAUUGUUGCCUUGAUUCGGUACACUAAGGGUGAGCCUUUGACUAUGGGGAGGUUCUAUGGUAUUGCUUCUAUAGCAGAGGCAAUUCCAUCUCUCUUCAGGCAGUUUUUGGGAGCAAUGAGGCAUUUGAUGACUAUGAUAAAGGUUGCUUUCCUUCUUGUUAUUGAACUCGGGGUGUUUCCUCUGAUGUGUGGAUGGUGGCUAGAUGUCUGUACUAUAAGGAUGUUUGGGAAGUCAAUGACUCAAAGAGUUCAAUUCUUCUCAGCUUCUCCUUUAGCCAGCUCAUUGGUUCAUUGGGUUGUAGGAAUUGUCUACAUGCUACAAAUAAGUAUUUUCGUCAGCCUUCUUAGAGGGGUUUUGCGUAAUGGAGUAUUGUACUUUCUUCGAGAUCCUGCUGAUCCAAACUACAAUCCAUUCCGCGAUUUGAUUGAUGACCCUGUGCACAAGCAUGCCCGAAGGGUUCUGUUAUCGGUUGCUGUUUAUGGGAGUUUGAUUGUGAUGCUGGUGUUCUUACCAGUUAAACUUGCUAUGCGGAUGGCUCCCUCCAUUUUUCCACUUGAUAUAUCGGUGUCUGACCCAUUUACUGAAAUUCCAGCUGACAUGCUUCUCUUUCAAAUUUGUAUUCCAUUUGCCAUUGAGCAUUUUAAAUUGCGGACAACAAUUAAAGCCCUUCUCAGAUAUUGGUUUACAGUAGUUGGCUGGGCACUUGGUUUAACAGAUUUCUUAUUGCCCAGACCUGAAGACAAUGGUGGUCAGGAAAACGGAAAUGGGGACCCAGGAAGGCAAGAUAGACUACAGGCAGUACAACUAGUUGGACAGGAUCGGGCCCUGGUGGCACUUGCAGGUGCUGAUGACCCAAAUAGAGGCAUUCUUGCAUCAGAGAACUCAAAUGUUUCAGAGGAGUACGAUGGUGAUGAGCAAUCUGAUUCAGACAGGUAUGGCUUUGUACUUCGCAUUGUCCUGUUGUUGGUGGUGGCUUGGAUGACUCUACUUAUCUUCAACUCCACCUUGAUAGUUGUUCCAAUUUCACUUGGAAGGGCAAUAUUCAAUACAAUUCCGCUUCUCCCAAUGACUCAUGGCAUCAAGUGUAAUGAUCUAUAUGCUUUUAUCGUUGGAAGCUAUGUAAUUUGGACUGCUGUAGCUGGUGCUAGAUAUUCCAUUGAGCAUAUUAGAACAAAGAGAGCUACGGUUUUGUUGAACCAAAUCUGGAAGUGGUGUGCCAUUGUUAUUAAGAGUUCUGCACUCCUGUCAAUAUGGAUUUUUGUCAUCCCAGUGUUGAUUGGGUUACUAUUUGAGCUUUUGGUGAUUGUGCCAAUGCGGGUGCCUGUGGAUGAAAGCCCAGUUUUCCUCCUGUAUCAGGACUGGGCAUUGGGCCUCAUCUUUCUUAAGAUCUGGACUAGACUGGUUAUGUUGGAUCAUAUGAUGCCACUGGUGGAUGAAACUUGGCGGGUAAAAUUUGAGAGGGUGAGAGAGGAUGGUUUCUCUAGGCUGCAAGGUCUUUGGGUGCUACGUGAGAUUGUGUUCCCGAUCAUAAUGAAGCUGUUGACAGCCUUAUGUGUGCCUUAUGUUUUAGCCAGAGGGUUGUUCCCUGUCCUUGGGUACCCAUUAAAAGUAAACUCAGCAGUCUAUCGUUUUGCCUGGGUGGGAUGCCUCUGCUUCAGCCUGUUGUGCUUCUGUGCCAAUAGAUUCCAUGUCUGGUUUACCAACCUUCACAAUUCCAUACGCGAUGAUCGCUAUCUGAUUGGCCGUAGGCUUCAUAACUUUGGGGAAGACAUUGAAGAGAAGCACAAUGAGGUGGAGACGUCCUCUGAAGUGCAAAAUUCUAAUCUGCUCGGCAAUGGUUUAAUUCUACAUGACCGAGAAGUCGAUGUGGGGUUGCGGCUGAGGCAUACUAACCAACAUGAAGCUAUGCUUAACAUAUGAGGCAAGUAGUUUUGGCAUUGUUGAGGCUGUUAUUGAAGCAUUGAAUGUUGUACACCACUAAGUACACAGGACCUUAUACACCUUUGUUGGGGGUGCUCAGAAUGCACUGUCAAGUUUAGGGUUAUUUUUCAGUUUGUGCAUAUUGUACUUGUUAAAUUAGUUACUAGAAGAAAACAGAUAAAAUGUCGUUUGUUCAUAAAA